AUGCAAAGGUAUAAUCUUACAACUAGACAUCAUAAUGAUGGCAGAAAGAGAAUUCAAUUAGAAGUUAAUGAGCUAACCAAACUUGCAAUGGGAGACAUAACAUGUACAAGGGACUUGGCUGAAAUGAUUCACAUAACGAGGGGUACAAUUCAUCGCAUGAUUAAAAGGGGACUCAUCAAGCCACAUACAAAUCCAUUACAUCCUGGAUUUGGGGAUCAAAACAAAAUAGCAAGGAUGGCAUACAUUUUGGGUAUGCUAGUGGGGGACACACCAGAAACAAAGAAAAGGAAUGUAAAAGCCAAAUAUAGUGUUGCACCAUCAAGCAAGUGGAUACCAAACGUAAUGUUCACAACAGUUGUUGCAAGACCAAGAUUCAACACACAAAAGGAGUGCACUUUUGAUGGAAAGAUAUGCAUAUUCCCAUUCACAUAUAGUGAACCAGGAAAGAGAAGUUCAAAAUACAGAGAGAAGGGGACAUUAGUGACUAAAGUCAUUGAAUCACUAAAUCAAAAGGUGACAAGGAGCAUGUUAAUCGACCAAAUCACACCAGCAACAUUAGCAAAAUGGCCACCUAGUGAAGGUCCAAAUACAAUAUUCAUCCAGCAAGACAAUGCAAAGGCACAUGUGACGCAAGAUGUGCUAUAG